CCGCGCAUUCUUCAGAGCAGCUAGAGCUCCGCCCGCCGCCGCGCGCUCAAAGUCUCCCGAUUAACGGCAGAUGCAGCAGAAGUAGUGGAUUAUGGAGAAGGUCUGGCUAAUUGCUCUCUACAUUGUGCUCAUGGCAGCGGCACUGGUUGCUGAAGCAUCAUCAGGACCACAGCACAAAGUCAGACAGAAGAGAGAAUGGAUUAUUCCACCACGCAAACUGAAGGAAAAUGUAAAUUAUAUGGAUCUGGAAUACAUUGCCAAAAUUCGAUCAGAUGAGGAGACCAGGACCACGAUACGAUAUUCUUUGACUGGACCAGGGGCUGAUCGGGACCCUGUCAACUUGUUUACUGUUGGACGUGAGAAUGGCUUGGUCAAAAUCCAUGGAGUGUUAGACAGAGAGAAAACACCCACUUACCAUCUUCGAGGGGUUGCCAAGUUUCUGAAUGGCAGUUACGCUGAGAAAGACAUUGACUUGAGGAUAGUGGUGCUGGAUGAGAAUGAUUGUCCUCCUGUAUUUAACAUUCAGAUGAUUGGAGCCAUUCAUGAGCUCAGUGCACAAGACACAUUUGUAAUCACCAUUACAGCAACAGAUGAAGAUGAGGCAGGAACACUGCAUUCCAAAAUUGCCUACAGUAUCGUUGAACAGAGUCAUGCUAACAUGUUCUACAUUAAUCGAGAGACUGGUGGGAUAUAUGUCAAGUACAACUCGCUUGACAGAGAGAAACAAGACACAUACACGCUGACCAUUAAAGGGACAGAUAUGCAUGGAGCUCCAAACGGAAUGACAGGAAUGGGGAAAGUUGUCAUCAGUAUACUUGACGUCAAUGACAACAUUCCUACUUUGGAGAAAAACUCUUAUGAGUGCAGUGUUGAGGAAAACACUAAGAAUGUGGAAGUGGUGAGAAUUCAAGUGAUUGAUGCUGAUCUCAUCCAUACUGACAACUGGCUGGCUGUCUUUAGCAUUAUUUCAGGAAAUGAGGGUGGUUAUUUCUUCAUAACCACAGAUGUGAACACCAAUGAAGGCAUCCUCAUGCUCAUUAAGGAAGUGGACUAUGAAGAACUGAAGCAUAUCAACCUGGCGGUGUCUGUCUCAAACAAGGCCGAAUAUCACUCAUCAGUGAUCAUAACAGAACGCACAAUCUAUCCCAUCAGAGUGAGCGUGAUUAAUCAACCCGAGGGCCCACGCUUCAAACCUGCGGUCAAAGUCAUUGCCAUCUCUGAAGACAAGACCUCUAUUGACAUCACCAAAGUCAUCACCAACUAUGCAGCCAUCGACAGUGACACACUGCAGAUUGCUACUAAUGUGAGGUAUGCAAAGGGACAAGAUAUUGACAACUGGCUGCUUAUAGAUGAACGCACAGCGGAUAUUAAACUCAAUAAAAUCCCAGAUUAUGAGUCCAAGUUUGUCAUCAAUGGCACAUAUUCCGCUCAGAUUAUCUGCAUCACCAAAGAUUACCCAGCUAAAACUGCUACUGGCACCAUAGCCAUUCAGGUGGAGGACUUUAAUGACCACUGUCCCAUCCUGAGCAGAGUGUCUCAAACACUGUGCUACAAAGAGCAUGUGCUGUAUAUCACUGCUGUGGACAGAGAUCAUUUCCCCAAUGCAGCACCCUUUGAAUUCAAAGUAAACACAAAGAGCACACUGCAGUCAUGGAGUGUCGAGCACCUCAACGACACUACAACGAUCUUGCGCUCUCACGAGAUGCUGUGGCCGGGCCAGUACCGUGUGUUUGUGGAGGUGCGGGACCAGCAGGGGAAGUUCUGUGCUGGUCAGGUACUUCAGGUAGAUGUCUGCACAUGUGACGGGACUAAACAUUGUCUAAGAGAGCGGGAGACUAGAUUUGGAGGGUCUGGUGUACUUCUAAUGCUGCUGGGACUUUUGCUCCUCCUGUUGGUACCUCUCCUGCUCAUGUUCUGUCUUUGUGGUGGCAUGGCAUCUGCAGUAGAUUUCAAGAGCAUUCCUUUUGAUGCUAAAGAGCAUCUCAUCCUAUAUAACACUGAAGGACAGGGAGAGGACAAGGAGAUGGCCCUGUUACAGAUGUCUAAAAAUUCAGAUCACCUCAAGCACAGUAAAGUGGACACUGUGACUGAAGCACAAAAAUGGACUGAUGGAGCAGAUGGUGCUGCAGGAGCACUGGACUCCCAUCGGUCCUCUUUCUACUGGUAUGACCUGCAAGGUAAAGCACACCAUCAUGCGCAUCAGCAGAAUGGGAUGUAUAUAUAUACACAAGGAAAAGACGAACACGUGAAGGGGAGCUUUGAAGGGCACAACGCAUAUGAGGGGCUCACACUAUCUGAUGCUUUCUUUGCCAGCUACUAUUCUCAAAAGGCAAGUUGUAUGUCUAAGAAGACCGAUUUAGAAGACUGUCUGCGAGUGUUUGACUACGAGGGUGAGGAAGAAUCUUGCACAGGCUCGUUUGAAGACAUCUGCAGCCUCAUGCAUGAGGGAGACAACCUUGCCUUUCUGAAUGACCUUGACCUGAAGUUCAAGACCCUGGCUGAGAUCUGCUCUGGCUCCAUAAUGGAGACUGAAAUUGGCUCAAGCCUCCAGGUGACCUCCAAACCUGUGCUUCCCACCACACACAUUGAUGUCAGCAAUCAAGGGGCAGUUAGUAGCGUACACUCUAAGGAAACUGUCUCGUCCUCCAUCAUUCAUGCUUCAGGAGCAAAGCAGGCAAGUGGAGUGUCUUCUUCAGGGGUCUACAUCCAGGAAAAGGUGGUGGUUCCCAACACGACCCUGCUAGUCCAGCAGCCCGCACUAUACUACACCACUGCCUCCCCGGUUUAUGUGCUGGAUUCCCACCCUGCCCUGCUAGUAAAUGCCACACCAGUCCAGGGCAUAGAAGAGAGCAUGCUGCAAGAGGGGCAGAAUUCUAAUGCUGCCCAGUGUAGUGCUACCAAACGUGAAAUGAAGCAGUACCAGAGUGUAGUCGUCGUUGAGAGGCAGCAGACAUCAGGAAGUCUGCAGGCACAGGGUGGUGUCUUGGGAGCGCUGCAGAUCGAAUCUGAAAAAAUGCAGUCCACAGAAGCACAUGGCAUUGGACGGGCACACUAUCCCACCAGCAGAGUGAUGCCAGCAGAGCUCCAAGAUAGGAAGUCUGUGUUGAUCAAGUAGAGGAAAUGUGUUGAUCUUUGGAUAUGGUGGAUAUGGAGUCUGUAAACAGCCCCAUGAAGUCUCAGUCUGUUCGAACUCGCACAGUUCCAAGCAGGACUGAUAUGUCUAUCCACUCCAGUUAGUUUAUCCCAAUUUACUCUGUGUCUGCCCACUCUAGAUUUUUCUCAAUAAUGUAAAAAAGAAAAGUAUUUUAUAACAAGCAGAAUUUUUGUAGGUAAGUCAGAUUAAUUUAAUUGGAUGACCAUGUAAACAGACUAAAUCACUUUGAAUCUGACAUUUUUAAAUCCGAUCUGGGCCACUUUCAUAUGUGGAAAUAAAUCAGAUACAUAUCUGAUUUAUUCCAAUGUGCCUUCAGUGUGAACAGCCAGGUCAGAUUUAAUGUGAUUUUUACAUCAAUCUAACUCACAUUUGUAAUUUUUGCACUUGAUUUCCAUUAUAUAUAGGGGUGUUAUGGUUUAAACGUAUAAUUGCGAGUCAUAUCUUUUCUAGUUAAUGCAUUCAUUUAUUUUUUGAGGAAAUCAAAUAAAAUUGAAGGCUCAACAGUUGGGGUCAGUGAUUCGUUUGGCCUACAUAUAGUCAAAUAAGAUCAUGAAAAGAUGCAGAGAUAGAUUUAUGAGUGCUCUACUCAUGUCAGUUGCGCAAAAACAGUUUCUGUAUUUUUCAAACUGCAUCAAAAUGUGAAUGCAAGCAAGUCAAUGGAAAUCUGAAAUAAUUAUAGACAACAACUCUUCUUACCUUACAUAUGUGAUGCUGUUUUUCCUGUUGUCCUACGAUUUAAUGGUGUGUUUCGCUCUUAAGUAAUAUCACACUCUGAUAAUUAAAUUGGACCAUACCAAAGCAAAUAACUUUAUUUAAAAAUACUUUAUCCAUCAAGACGGCCUUUCGCCAUCACUUGCUGAAAUAUUAUUAGAUAGCCAUUAAGUGUCCUAUCUGCUUAAAGUUGCACUUAGUAAUUUUUUUGCUCAUUAAAAAAGUUUUACUCCUAAAUCAAUUAAUUGUAUUUGUAAAACAUAUGUAUACAAACAAGACCUCUCACAAGAGAUGGAGACUCAAGUCAUAUCAGUAACCUUAUUUGUCUAACAAAGACAUUAGUCAUUAAUCUUACCGUUCUUUCAAAAUCUUUGUUUAAACACUGACCCUUAACACUUAGUUUAAUAAUUUUAAACCAUGACUUGCACUACAUAAUUAAGUAAUAUUGGCAUUAUAAUCAUGAUGUUAGCCAGAGGGGAACUGGCCCCCACAUUGAGCCUGGUUUCUCCCAAGGUUAUUUUUCUCCAUUGAACAACAUCUUAUGGAGUUUUGUGUUCCUUGCGCCACAGUCGCCUUCGGCUUGCUCACUGGGUUUUUAAAUACAAUUAUUAUUUAUUUACUUAAUUUUAAACACAGUUCACAAUCGUAUUUUAUCAAAUUACAUAAUGAUGACUCUUAAGACAUUAUUAAUAUUACGGUUUCAUUUUCUGUUAAUGCCUGAUCUUCUGUAAAGCUGCUUUGAAAUAAUGUGUGUUGUGAAAGGCGCUAUACAAAUAAAAAUGACUUGACUUAUAAAAGCUGUUUUAUUUUACAUGGAGAGGGUCCACUCAUGGGAGCUGCCAUGUUAGAGCACAUGACCUACUACAUAUUACUUGCUUAAUCUCCUUAAUCACCUGGUUAUUGGUUAUUGCUAACUAAAUAGCGAAUUUCUACAAUCUGUACUUGAAAAUUACACACUUUGAAUUAUGCUGCA